CGGAGAAAAGGUGAAACAGAAAUACUUCAUCAUAGAUUUUAACUUUGUCUAUGAGAGAGGACAAUUCUGCUAUUUAGUUAGCCAGCAGCCUUUAUGUUUAGUGUUUUGACUUAACACAUGUGCUAAUUACUCUCACCUUGGCCGAUCUUCCAUGUUGUCUAAUUGUUCUGUAGAGCUAGAGUCAUGUAUAUUUGUUGUUAUUUUUAUUGUUAUGACCUGAGCUUGGUGUUGUUUAACAUCGUUAUGAGUGACUUAGAUGGUACAAUAAAAAGCAUGCUUAAUAAAUUUGCACAUAACACUAAUCUGAGGAAAUGGGGUAGCUAAUACAUCUGGAAAGGAUAUAACCGAAUGUACUCAGCAUUCUUUUUUUUCUUUUGAUGAAUGAAUACAUUUUGAUUUUUUUAAAAAUAGAUUUGCCGUGGUGGCUGCUCCUGAUUCGCCAAAAAAUAGUGGUUGGAAAACUUCCAGGAGAUCAUGAAAUAUGUAAGGUGACAAAGAUUGCAGCAGUACCACUCUCUGAUGCAGAACCUCAGGAUCUGGAUCUGGAGCUCUGCAAAAAGCAUCAUUUUGGAAUAUACAAACCAGAGAAGAUCACACAGUCUCCAGAUGACUCUAAAUUUCUGCUCAAGACCUUCACUCAAAUUAAAUCAAAUGUUUCUGCUUCUAAUAAAAGGAAGGUUAAAGAAAGUAAAGAGAAGGAAAGACUGGAGAGGCGACUGUUAGAAGAACUAUUCAAAAUGUUUAUGGAUUCAGAGUCCUUUUAUUACAGUUUGACUUACGACCUAACGAAUUCUGUGCAAAGGCAAAGUGCAUGUGAGAAGGCUACCUUGCCACUUUGGAAGAAGGUUGAUGACAGAUUCUUUUGGAACAAACACAUGGUCGAAGACCUGAUAAAUAUUGGGAAAUCUGAAGUGGACUUUUGGAUUAUCCCAGUAAUCCAGGGAUUUGUUCAGAUUGAAGAGCUUGUAGUGAAUUAUAACGAAGCAUCAGAUGAGGAGAAAAGCAGUCCAGAGACACCACCUCAAGAGCCCAUCUGUGUAGAUGAUAUUCACCCAAGUUUUCUUGUGGCCCUUAUCUCACGCCGCAGCCGACACAGAGCUGGGAUGCGUUACAAACGAAGAGGUGUUGAUAAAAAUGGGAAUGUGGCAAAUUAUGUGGAGACAGAACAACUGAUUCAUGUCCAUAACCAUACCCUGUCUUUCGUUCAGACAAGAGGCUCUGUGCCUGUGUUUUGGAGUCAGGUUGGUUAUAGAUACAAUCCCCGGCCACGGCUUGACAAAUGUGAAAAGGAAACAGUCCCUUAUUUCUCUGCACAUUUUGAAGAACAAUUAAAAAUAUAUACAAAACAGAUUAUUAUUAAUUUGGUGGACCAGGCUGGACGAGAAAAAAUUAUUGGCGAUGCAUAUCUUAAACAAGUUUUACUAUACAACAAUCCAAGCCUUACUUAUGUUUCAUUUGACUUCCAUGAACACUGCCGUGGGAUGAAAUUUGAAAAUGUUCAGACGCUAACGGAUGCUAUUUCAGACAUCAUCACUGAUGUGAAGUGGUGCUGGGUGGAUCAGGCUGGUGUGAUCUGUAAACAGGAAGGAAUUUUCCGAGUUAACUGUAUGGAUUGCCUGGAUCGGACUAAUGUUGUCCAAGCUGCUAUUGCCCGUGUAAUUAUGGAACAACAGUUGAAAAAGUUGGGUGUGAUGCCACCAGAACAACCAUUGCCAGUGAAAUGCAACCGAAUCUACCAGAUCAUAUGGGCUAAUAAUGGUGAUGCCAUAAGCCGACAGUAUGCUGGAACUGCAGCUUUAAAGGGUGACUUCACGAGGACUGGUGAAAGGAAGCUGGCAGGUGUCAUGAAAGAUGGUGUUAACUCUGCAAAUAGGUACUACUUAAAUCGCUUCAGGGAUGCUUAUAGGCAAGCAGUCAUAGAUUUAAUGCAGGGUAUUCCUGUGACAGAGGAUCUGUAUUCCAUAUUUACAAAAGAGAAAGAACACGAAGCUCUGCACAAGGAAAACUUGAGAAGUCAUCAGGAACUGAUUAGCCAGUUACUGCAAAGUUACAUGAAGCUGCUUUUACCUGAUGAUGAAAAAUUCCAUGGAGGGUGGGCACUUAUUGAUUGUGAUCCAAGCCUUAUUGAUGCCACCCACAAAGAUGUUGAUGUUCUCCUUCUGCUUUCUAACUGUGCCUACUAUGUAGCCUAUUAUGAUGAUGAAGUAGAUAAAGUAAAUCAGUACCAAAGGCUGAGCCUUGAAGAUUUGGAGAGGAUAGAAAUAGGGCCUGAACCAACUCUUUUUGGGAAACCAAAGUUCUCAUGCAUGCGGCUCCAUUAUAAAUAUCAAGACACAAGUGGAUAUUUCCAUACCCUUAGAGCUGUGAUGCGCAGUCCUGAAGAGGAUGGAAAAGACACUCUUCAGUGUAUUGCAGAGAUGCUGAGAAUCACAAAACAAGCUCUGGGAUUAGAUGUGCCCAUUAUUGAGAAAAAACUGGAGAGGAAAAGCAGUAAACCUCAUGAAGAUAUCAUUGGUAUUAGAAGCCAGAACCGAGGCUCCUUGGCCCAGGGAAAGAAUUACUUAAUGAGCAAGUUCUCCUCUCUUAAUCAGAAAGUGAAACAAACCAAAUCCAAUGUAAAUAUGAGCAACCUUAGGAAGUUGGGGAGUUUCACAAAGCCUGAAAUGAAAGUCAACUUCUUAAAGCCCAAUCUGAAAGUCAAUCUUUGGAAAUCUGAUAGCAGUCUUGAAACCAUGGAUAAUCCCAUGAUAGAAACAAAAGUCAGUGCAGAAUCGGACAUCGAGAUUUCCUCAGAUAAUGAUUCAUUCCAUUCAGAUGAUUUCCUUACAAAUUCUAAAUCUGACGAUGACCAGCAGUUCAUGGACUCCUUGGAGAACAUAGAUUAUGUCUUGCCUAGUUGUGGUAUCAUUGCCUCUGCUCCUCGACUAGGCAGUCGGUCCCAGUCUGUAAGUAGUACGGACAUCAACAUCAGCAUCCCUGUUCCUUCAGAAAUCCAUGUGUCACAGUAUGGAGACCAAACAAAAAAGACUGAAUCUGAAGACAAACCACGGCAGGAAGCUCCUUCCACUGACAAUACUGCUAUGGAAUUCACUAAGCCAAUUGAUGCUUACUGCCACAGGUUUGUACAGGAUGCUCAGGUUAAGAUGGCCAGUGUGACAGAAAUGGAGGUUGGUUCUCAUGAAUUCCAGCAAGCAAAUUAUGUCAGCAAUAAUGCUUCUAAGAAAACUGGACCUUGUUUUGGAAGAACUAGUGAGGCUCCUUCUAGACCAUCUAAAUUGGAUGUUCCAUUUUCAGAGACAGAAUCACAAUUCUUAGCAGUUGAACAGACAAAUUCUUCCAAGUCUCAUAGCCCAGGUUCCUCCACCAAUGCUCUUGAAGUUGAGCCAGGGUUUCACAUGACUCCUUCACCAGUGGAGAGUAAUGGUAGUAGGGCAGUCUCUCCUUUUGCAAAAAUCCGUAGUUCUAUGGCCCAGAUGGCUAAUAUGACACAAGCUGGUUUGACCCAAGGAAUCAACUUUGCAGUGGCUAAAGUCCAGAAGAGCCCAGCGGAAGCAGAAUGUAUAAAUGAAAUCCAGCAAAAUGAACUGAGAGAAAUGUUUACACAGUGUCAGACACGGAUAAUUCAGAUCUAGAGCUCAAGCUCUCCAGCUCCCGUUGUAUAUACUGCUAAACAAAAGGUUUGUAAUGCAACCCUGGGGAAGAGGGGCAAACUGCCACCUAGUAUUGGUAUCAGAACACCAGUAAUUAUGUUUACAGAGAGAUGUGGGAGAAGUUAAGUGGGUUCUGAACAGGUUUCAGAAGUAUUCUGUGGCAGCUGAGCUGGUGAAGGUUAACCAUACUAAAAAGGUAGCUCAUACACCAUUAAUUGAUGUGCAUGCUGUUAGUUUGAGUGAUCAGUUGCACAAUUAUUUCUUGAAACCAAGUUUUAUAGGUUUUCUGAUUUAUGUAGAAUGUUUAUAUUGAAAGUCUGGUACUGACACCUGUUACCUUAUUAAUCUUGCACUGUACCAGUGAACAUUUUAUUGACAAGAUAACAACUUAUUUAUUUCUCAGGCUUUUAAAUUUAAUUUUUAAAAUUUGUGUUUGUUAACUUAGUUACAUUCCUAAGGAACUGAUCUCUGCUGAGAAAGUAUUUAAAUAUGUAUGCCUAGGAGCUCCUUACCGAAUUCAUUCCAUUCUCCUACCUCUGCUAACUGGUAGCUGUGGUACCUUGGAGCAUAACACAGUAAUGCGUAAAGACUGCUGAGUUUUUCUUUCUAGAAAAAAUAAAUCCUAAAGAAACCCUUAUUGUUUGUCUGGAAGCUAUUAUGUCUUUGGUUAACAGAAUUGGUUCUUUACUCUUAUGCUCCUUUUUUUAAAAAGGAAAAACAAAAGUAUUUAACUACAAAAAUAAUUGCUGAAUGUUGGAUAUGUGAUGUAGCAUUCAUAUGCGAUACUAUAACUUCUUUAAAGUCAAACAAGCACCAAAAAUAACAUAACCCACAAACACAACCAUAAAGUUAUACUGCUGAUAUUUACAACCAGAUUAAUGCAAAGUAUUUCAAUACAGUUAACGUAGUUGUAAUUGGUUGAGUUCAGUUCUGGUUUUGUCAUGCUACUGCUUAGGAAAUGAAGAUGUAGCAAAGUAAUUGUUCUUGGGAUCUGAUCCAAAAAGCCUAAUGUGCACAGGGACAGUUCCUAUAAGUCACACUAUUUCCUAAAGCACUUUUGUGGCUGACAGUCUAUAGCAGAACGUAGUUAGAAAAAAAACAGUGGAUACUAAUAUCUUGUGGUUCAUAGCCUCAAUAAUCCUCAUUCUACAGCCAGGGUCUCCUUAUGUUAGUACCUGUGUACUAUAGCUAGGCUGCACGUACUGUUCUAAGCAAUUAAUGAGUGUCAUGAUGGUAGUAUGAUGUCUUUGCAUUUCUCUACUAUAACAGAAGUGAUCAUAAACUUAACUUGAUUGUCUUUUUUUUGUCUGAUACUUUUGAUACUGUUUCCAUUUUGUUAUUUAUUUCUUAAUACUAUAAUGUAUGUUUUUGGUGUGUCUGUAUAAAUUUGUGAGUAUUUAAAAUAAAACUGUAUUGUUUUAAUGUGGGAGACCUAUAUGAGAAAUAUUUUAAUAAAAAAAAUGGAUUGUCUGCA